GCUUCACCUCGAACAUCCAUCCAUCCAUCCAUCUAUCCAUUGCCAUCCUCUCUCGGAUAGCCAAUAGGUACCGCGUCGAGGUCCAAGAUGUUGUCCUUUAUAUUAAUACAAAACCGACAAGGCAAGACGCGGCUAGCAAAGUGGUACGUGCCGUACAGCGACGAGGAGAAGAUCAAGCUGAAGGGCGAAGUGCACCGCCUCGUCGCGCCGCGCGACCAAAAGUACCAGUCCAACUUCGUCGAGUUCCGCAACUACAAGAUCGUCUACCGCCGGUACGCGGGGCUCUUCUUCUGCGCCUGCGUCGACACCAACGACAACGAGCUCGCCUACCUCGAGGCCAUCCACUUCUUCGUCGAGGUCCUCGACGCCUUCUUCGGCAACGUCUGCGAGCUCGACCUCGUCUUCAACUUCUACAAGGUCUACGCCAUCCUCGACGAGGUCUUCCUCGCCGGCGAGAUCGAAGAGACCAGCAAACAGGUCGUCCUCACCCGCCUCGAGCACCUCGAUAAGCUCGAGUAGCACGUUUCGGAUAUCCGAGGAAAUAAUCUGUGUGUGUGUGAAGUGUUUGCAGAGGGGUACCCUAGAGCAAGAUAAAGAUGCGGAGAAUUCUUGCGUAUAGGAUAAUAGGUUGAGCUUGCGAGUGGUUAUUCUGCUAGGCAGAGGCGUAUGGCGUUUUGGUAAAAUUGGAAUUGGGCAAUCCUGCAUCAAUCGUCGUAUUUAUCGCGUAAUGCGGCUUGAUAUCCUACGAUGUUUCGAUGACCCCUGAGUCUUGUUAAUGCAACACCUAUUGAACUAAAACAAUGCUAUAAACUAAUGCUGUGCUGCUGGUACUUGGAUAGCUCUCCGUCC